AUGGCGAGUGCAACAUCCCGUCCUCUGGAGUACCUGGAGGGGCUCCCCGGGACGACUUUUUAUAAGCUAUACCAACAGCCAUCCACAGCCCUCACGAUCUUCCGGCGCAUGCUGCCCGAUCUAGCAAAAUGCUUUGUGAUGGCUCUGCUCUAUUUAAAAGAUCCUCUUCCAACGGCAGAUCUGGAAGUUUGGGUCAACUCAGAGAGCAAGAAGGAACGAGAUAAUGCGCUUUCAAUAUUAGGUCGACUUCAUAUCCUUUCUACGACCCUCACAGGUGAGAACGUCCGUGCGUACAUGAUCACCAACCCAUUCGCUGCUUCGCUUCGACAAGCUCUGAUGGGUGCCGAGGACUCGCAUUCUUUCGGUGUAUUCUCCCAAGCCCCAGCACACACCCUGACUUCGAUCGCCGAUUUGGACGAAUAUGCUAGACGACAGUGGGAAGGUGUUUUGGGGUACAUGGUUGGAACGAGUGCCUUAAGUGGGCAGCGCGACGCGGUCAGUUUGAGCAAGGGUGUCAAACAGCUUCUCCAAGCGGGACACCUAGUUGAGAUCCGAGGCAACCGUGUCGAUAUAACGAAAGACGGGUUCGGAUUUGUGCUCCAGGACGUGAAUACCCAGGUCUGGCAUAUCUUGAUUCUUUAUGUCGAGAGCGCCGAGGCCAUCGGCAUGGAUAGCGUCGAGGUUCUCUCGUUUCUGUUCCUCCUGAGCAGCCUGGAGCUCGGAUCGUCUUACGACAAGAGCCAUAUGACACCCAACCAACUUCGCACUCUCGCGGACCUCGCCGAUUUUGGUAUUGUCUACCAAGAAGACGCCGACGCAACACACUUUUAUCCCACUCGUCUCGCAACUACACUUACAUCCGACUCGAGCGCUCUGAGCAACCCUGUCACAGGCUCCCUGACUGGGCCAGCAGGGCCGUCUGGUGGCUCUGGUUCCGGGUUCAUCAUCAUCGAAACCAACUACCGACUCUACGCCUACACCUCAUCACCCCUGCAAAUAUCCCUCAUCUCCCUCUUCACAAACCUCAAAUACCGCUUCCCCAAUUUGGUCACCGGCAAAAUCACAAGACAGUCUGUCCGCCGAGCUAUCGAGAUGGGAAUCACUGCCGAUCAAAUCAUCUCGUACCUAUUAUCGCAUGCGCACCCACAGCUGCGGAAGCACAGCGCUGCCCAACCCAACGGCAAGGGUGUCCCAGCAUCUGUCCUCCCGCCUACCGUGACAGAUCAGAUCAGACUGUGGCAGCUGGAGCGGGACCGUCUCCGGGCCACGGCGGGCUUUUUGUUCAAGGAUUUCACCAGCUUGACGGAAUAUCAGGCUCCUUGCCAGUAUGCUGCGGAGAUUGGCGUGCUGGUUUGGAAGUCGGAUCGGAAGCGCAUGUUUUUUGUCACGAGGCAUGAGCAGGUGGCUGCAUUUUUGCGGAGUCAAAAAGUAGGCGGGAAGUAA